CUUUAUAUAUUCUUCCUCCCUUCCUUCUCUCUGCCCACACCCGCUUCCUCUCCCCCUACCUCCCCUCCUACCCUCUUUCUCCAUUUUCACUUCGUAUUAUCUAUACACUUCUAUAUCAAUACCCGAUCAUGUUGGCUUUGGAAGCUUCCUCCGACAACCACCUCCCGUAUCCUCUCUUGGUUCCAUCUCCACACCCACCUGCACCCAGCAGGUACGAGUCACAGAAGCGGCGAGACUGGAACACCUUCGGGCAGUACCUAAAGAACCACCGCCCUCCACUCACACUCUCGCGCUGCAGCGGAGCUCAUAUUCUGGAGUUCCUCCGCUACCUGGACCAGUUCGGAAAGACCAAGGUCCACACCUCUUGCUGCCCGUUCUUCGGCCACCCACACCCACCUGUGCCCUGCCCCUGCCCACUUCGACAGGCCUGGGGCAGCCUCGACGCACUCAUCGGCCGCCUCCGCGCUGCCUUUGAGGAGAAUGGUGGCCACCCGGAGACCAACCCCUUUGGCAGCCGAGCCGUCAGGCUCUACUUAAGGGAAGUUAGAGACUCGCAGGCUAAAGCCAGAGGAAUCGCUUACGAGAAGAAGAAGCGUAAGAAAUCCGCCUUGGCUCCUCUGAAGAAGCACCAACGACAUGCCCAUGCCCAAGAGGAUCAACCCAUGCUCUUCUUGGAUCACUCGGCUUCGUGAACACAAUUCCAUCCAACCUAUUAAUCCCAUCAAAUUAAUUAAUCGUACGUGCUUUUGAUGUAAUUAAAUUAGCGAUUUAAUUGUGCUUAGCUAGCUAUGUAGAAUCCCAUUAUCUUGUUUUUA